CCUCAUAAAGAUCGGCACUCUCUUUGUUCGAAUGCACCCGGUUGCUUCCUAGCUUAUGGACUUCUUUCUGGUGCCCUCUCUUUACGGUCGGUUCUUUAACGGUGUGGAUUCCUGCUGCCUGAUAGACUAGAAUUGGGCACGGGACAAACCAAGUGUACACCGUGAUCUUCCAUCAAUCAGCCAUCAUUUGUAAUAUUACCGAGUAGUAGUAUUGGGUGGAUGGUAGAGCCUCUUAAACACACAGGGCUCUUCAUUCAAGCUAAUGGCCACACUAAGUUCUCAUCCGCAGUCAAAGCUCCCCACGAAGGCUUGUCAAUUGCUUGGGCCUCAUUUGUUAUGAAGCUUCAGUGGAGACACACGUCAAUGCCUUCCAGAUUCGAUUUUAUGACCUCUGCCCGGGCGGCAGCUUAUAUUAAACACGGCGAUCCAGCGGUCCAGCUCUCCUGGGCCGUUUACCCUCGCCUCUUACUCUUUGCUUCUGUUACGUCCUGCGCACGAUCAUGGCAGCCCCUUCAUCAGUCAAUGCCAUUCUAAUCACCAUCCUACUGCUUCCUAUUCUCCUGGCCCUGAAGCGGCUUUACUUCCACCCGCUAUCUCGGUACAAUGGACCGCUUCUCUGGGCAUUAACCCGUGUGCCGUAUAUGCUGGCAUUCCGGAAUGGCAAGUUGGCGCACAAAAUAAAAUCGUUUCACGAGGUGUAUGGCGAGACCGUUCGCGUUGCCCCGAAUGAGGUGUCCUUCAUCAACCCCGACACUGUCAAAGACAUCUAUCAGCGCCGACCGAGCGGCGGCAGUUUCAAGUCACUUCCCAAAGAUCCCAUCCGCCAGGUACCUCCAAGGCCAGGGCAGCCCAUUAGCAUCCUCGAUGCCGGCGAUGCUGACCACACACGACUCCGCAAGGCCUAUGCGGCCGCCUUCAGCAGCCAGGCCUUAAGCGCCCAGGAGCCGCUCGUUGCCAGCUACGUCGACAAGAUGAUCACCCGGAUGCAGUCCCAGAGCGAACUAGCUACGCAGAAGGUUGAUCUACAAGAGUGGAUCAGCUUCUGCACCUUUGAUAUCGUCUGCAAAUUAAGCUUCGGAGAAGAUUUCGGCUGUUUGGACAAUCAACGCUACCACGAAUGGGUGGGCCAACUCGUCUACUCGCUCAAAGCCAAAGUCCAGCUAGCCUCCUGCCGCUUCUAUCCCUGGCUGUUUAACUACCUUGUCAAGCGCCUCCCAAAAUCUGCGGGUGUGCUCAUGGCCCAGCACCAAGCUACAACCAAAGAGAAGGUGAAGCGCCGGUUACAGCAGCUGGAAAGCGAUGCCAGUACGGGAGUCAAUGAUGCGGCAGGGGUUAUUAAGCCGGAUUUCCUAGCACACCUUGUGCAGCAGCAAUCCCGCCGGGAAAUCUCAGAAGGCGAGAUGGUAGUGAACGCCGCAACUCUCAUUGUUGCAGGGAGCCACACACUUCAAACUGCCAUCACUGGCAUUCUCUUUCACCUCCUUCGAAAUCCAACAAUAAUGGAUCGCGUGACAAGCGAGGUGCGCGUUGCAUUUCCCUCUGCCGAUCAGAUAAACGUGUCAACCCUGCUCAGGCUGCCCGUACUAGAAGCAGCGAUUAAGGAAGGCAUCCGUCUCACCUCCCCGGUGCCCCUGGGGUUGACUCGACUGGUUCCCAUUGGGGGCCAUACCAUCAACGGGGAAUAUUUUCCAGAGGGGACUGUUGUCUCCUACAUGCAACGGGCUGCAAAUGUCUCCUCACAGAACUAUACCGACCCUCAGGCCUUCCACCUUGAGCGCUGGCUCAACUCGCGCCCGCAGGCUUUAUCUCCGCCAGAUGAACCUUUUGAAAAGGACCGGCGACAUGCUACGCAGCCGUUUCUACAAGGCCCGCGGGACUGUAUCGGUCAGAAUUUGGCCCGCAUGGAGAUCGUCCUCAUUCUUGGCAAAAUUCUGUAUCACUUUGACGUGCAACCAGAGGAGCCCCUCGGACGCUGGGAGGAUCAAGAGACAUAUGCUGUCUGGGUCAAGACCCCACUGCCAGUGAAUCUGAGAACAAGAGAGGACAUGACCUGAGUGUAUGUUUAGAAUCGAAUCCAAUUGGACAUCAAUGUAUGAUGAGGCUGCGGCAUUUCUUAAAGCAAAAAACUAUUACCUAUCUGGACAGAUCAAUGACGCUGAUCAUCUGUAGUCCCCACACUUAGGUAGACUUGUUGGUGUGAUAGGGAUAUUCAAAGCGCA